CAACAAUUGACAGAAGGGGGAGCAAGUCUCGCAAGGCAACCAUGGGACUUAAAAUGAAGUUAAAGUUGCCAUAUGUCAUUCCAAAACCCAUUAUUCAGGCAGCAGGUAAAAUGGAUUUUUCCGGGUGGCCAGAGCAGUUUGAACCAGACCAAACUUUGUGUGAUUUGUGUAAAAGUCCUCUUGGUCAGUCCAAGCCACACCCAAAUCAACGUGGGCGAUCAAUCAUAAUGACCAAUGGAUGUCCAUUCAAAACAGUCAAAAUGCUAGUCAAAGAUUGCUCAUGUUGCUUUGCUAUGCACCAAGUGUUUCCCUACACAUUAGGUCUGUUUAAUAUUAGUGACAAGGUUCUGGUGGCACUUGAAAUUCUAUUAGACUUCCGAGAAUUGUUCAAAAGAGGAGUGCCAAUUUCUGUAGCCAUAAAAAGUAAAUUAGCUGUGAUGGUCCAGAAAGUUGAGGAAUCGCCAACAGAAAAUGAGUUGGAAAGUAUUGCUACACAUUUGUACAAUGGGUUUUAUUGCUUUGAGGCAAUAACUGAACGCAAUAUGGAUUCAGGUGUUUGUGGAAUUUGUGGUACUGUUGGUGAAGUGUAUUUUGGGGAUAGGAAUGAAAAAAAUUGCUGCAGCAUUAGCGAGAUUGAUUACUCACCACUACAAGAUAUAGAUUGUGAGGAAGAUGAUCCUAUUUCCUUUGAGAUUUCUUGGAGAAAUUAA